UCUGAACAUCUAUCAAUAUUUCUAUUUCAUUAGUGAUUGAAUGACGCACUUGCCAGUGACUUUAGCUAAGAUGUCUCUCAGGCCUGUGGAUAUAUAAGUACAAGGAAGUCUCUAGACGCUCAGACCUGGCGCUGGUUGGUUGGCGCGGCGUCACUUCACUCCACAUAUUAAACGGAGGAUAUAGAUUUCAGGUGACAAUUCAUGAGUCUUCUGUACAGACUUGUGUUCACAUCAGCCCUGAUACCAUGUUCUAUGUGCUAUUCCAAUGGUCUUAAUGUCGACAGGUCUUGUACUGAUCUAAUACCAUUCCAUGGUGUCAGCACACAAAGGUCAGCAUCACCUUAUUCAGUGACCUUUCAUGCAAUGUCGUUCAAACCUGGUCAAGGUAUCGCUGUUACUUUGAAGUCAUCCAGUGCAGGCUUUACUGGCUUCAUGAUUCAAGCCAAACGAUCAGAUGCCAGUCAAAGUCAAGAAAUGUUGGGUACGUUCUCUGUUGUCUCAAACACAAGACUGGCAUGCUCUGGGAAAGCUCUUGUUCACUCAAAUGAUGUAGUAAAAUCUAGUCUUACAUUCAACUGGAUUGCACCGGAUACACCAGUAGGAAAUAUACAUUUCAGAGUUACUUUCGUUCAGUCCAUGACAGUCUUCUGGUCCAAUAAAGUGUCGAGAGUUUUGGUACAGAAAAGUCUCGCCAUCAAUUCAACUUUAAGUUUUGCCAGCAACUGCAGUAUGAUGCCUACCAAAAAUGUUUGCUUAUGGCUGGUGACAAUAAUCCUGUUUAUAUAUAUAUUAUAUUAUAUUGAAUGAUACAGGCUCACUAUACUGUAUGUUUCCCUUCGCCAAUUUCAUUUAGAUCGACAGAGCUUCCGUAGUUAUCUUCAGAGGCACAAGAGACAAGCUGGUAGUUUUAUGUCAUGGCUAUUAGAUCAUUGUGUGAGAAUCGUCUAGUCCAGGCUGUUGACUUUACCGUGUAGUUCUUUGUUGUUUUUUCAUCCUCGUACAAGACCCAGUAGGAGAGGAGGCAAGGACGGAACAUUGGAGAUACAUUUUUUUUGGAAGAUCAUGGUUAGGCCCGUUUUCCCGUUUCCACAUUUUAAUUAAAUGCAAUGUUUUUAUAUAGAAAAUGUGUAGGCCUAUAUAUUUCUUAUUAUAUGUGUUUAAAUGCAUAUGUUAAUAUGAUACAAAACCAGUAUUAGAACAAUAAUUUUCAGCACAACCUUUUUGUAUUGAAAAAUCUUUAGUCACAUUUCAUUAUGCGUACUUCGUGGUUAAGAUUGUAAUUGAUGGUCUAGAGUUUGAAGCUUGUGAUGGUUAGGGUUUGAAAUCGGGUUGCUAGAGUUCUAAUAGAAAUUAGUCUCGGACUCAAAGUAUUGCGUUUCUCGACAUGUUUGUAGUUUACAUUGGAGUGAGGAACUACAGUUGGUCUAACCAUGAAGUGUUACUCUUAGACGGUGCGAUUAGCUUUUCAUUCCACGUGUGUAUGUUUGUGCGUGCUUGUUUGUGAAAUUGGUUUUAAAUUGGGUGGUUGUAUUAGCUUGAACAAUUGUUACUGAGAUCUUAUAUUUUCAAUAUUUUUAAUAAAAAAUGUAUAUAAUUUAUGAAACAUAACAUAAAUGAUAAAACUAAGAGACGAGAGAGAGAGGGGAGGGAGAAA